AUGAUGAAAACCAAAGAAUUACUAAUUCCACUUGGAUUAAUUUUAAUCACAAUAAUUUUAACUGGAGUGAAAAGUGAUAAAUACAUUGUGGUUGACACGGAUGCUGGUGCUGAUGAUGCAAUGGCAAUGUUGCUUCUACUAACAUCGAGUGCCACCUACAACGACUCGUAUUUUAAUAUUGUGGCAAUAACUUGCGUUUAUGGAAACUCCGAUUUGAGAAACGUCGAGCAAAAUGUGCUCAAGACACUGACAAUAGCAAAUGCAACAAAAAUUCCAGUUUACUCUGGUGCUUCGAAACCUCUGACACAGAAUCACACUUCUGAUUAUUUCUUUGGCGAAGAUGGAUUUGGUGAUUUUGAAUUUAAUGAAGAAAUCACUGGUAAUAUUAAUAGAUCAAAGCAUGCAGCAGUUGCAUUAAUUGAUUUAGCAAAUGAAUAUCCUGGUGAAUUGAGUAUAGUUGUUCUUGGACCAACAACAAAUAUCGCGCUUGCAAUAUCAUUGGAUCCAACAUUUGUUCACAAAGUCAAGCAUUUUUAUGUUAUGGGUGGUAGUAUGACUGGCUAUGGGAAUAGAGGCCCGGGUAUAGAAUUUAAUUUUGGUGCUGAUCCAGAAAGUAAUUUUAUAUUUUUAAAUUCAACUCAAGGAGUAGCCAUUUCAUUACUACCCUGGGAGACAAAUUUAGUACUUGAGAUACCAGCGUCUUGGAGAACAAAUGUACUUGGUCUUCUUGAAACGAAAAUGAUAACAUUUUUAAAUCGAGCUGAAUCAAAAAUUAAAAAAUUAGCAACUUGGCAACCUUGCGACGCUUUAAUCGCAGCUAUAAUGUUGUGGCCAAAUUUGAUUACAAGAUCUUUCGUUGUAAAUGUGACACCUAUCAUGGAGGGUGAAGCACGCGGAGGGCUACUCGUAGAUUAUUCACACGCAACUAAAAAACCAAAAAAUGUUGAAGUCAUCCAAGAAGUUGAUGUUGAAGAGUUCCAAAAUAUUCUUAUGUUGUAUUUUUCAUAAAUUUAAAAGUUGAUAUUUUUAAUAGGUUGUAGGCUUAAAA